UAGGAAAACGACCCAAGAAUCAAUCCGCGAAUCCAAAAGCGAAUUGGGCUUGGGCAGGCUAGGGUUUUAGGGUUUUUCCUCAUCCCUUCUCCGCUGGCUACAAUUGGUGAGUGAUUGAAGGCUCUCCAAACUCUACACUGAAGUCUCUCCCGCGAAAUCGAUCUUCUCCUUCGGCGUCGUCUGCAACUCCCUCCAUCUGACCUCUUCCCCAAGGGUUUGUAUCGAAGGAUUGACGUUUGUUCUGUAGAGUAAAGAGUAAAGAAACAUGGCUGAUGAGGAACCGAAGCAGCUGAAUUAUAUACCUGAAGUGAUAUUGAAGAAGAGGAAAAACAAUGAAGAUUGGGCUAUUCGAAGGAAGCAACAGUUGGAGCAGAGGAUUAAGAAAAGCAAGGGUGAUAAUUUCGUUAUCAAGAAGCCUGAGCAAUUCAUUAGGGAGUUCCGAGACAAAGAAUUGGACCUCAUCCAAAUGAAGCAUAGGACAAAGCGGCAAAGACGAGCACUUGUAACACCAGAAUCCAAGUUGCUUUUCAUCAUCCGCAUACGGGGGAAAAAUGACAUGCAUCCCAAGACUAGGAAGGUUUUAUACUCUCUAAGAUUGAGGAAGAUAUUCAAUGGUGUCUUUGUGAAGGCAAAUGAAAGGAUUAUGGAAAUUUUGCAAAUGGUGGAGCCUUUCAUUACAUAUGGAUGCCCCAAUCUGAAGAGUGUGAAGGAUCUGAUUUACAAGAAAGGCCUGGCUCAAAUUAGCAAGCAGAGAGUUCCAUUGACAGACAAUAACAUCAUUGAGCAGGAACUGGGGAAGCAUGGCAUUCUGUGCAUAGAAGAUAUUGUAAAUGAGAUUGCAACUGUUGGUCCACAUUUUAAAGAGGUUUCUAGUUUUCUAUGCCCUUUUACUCUCAACAGGCCUGAAAAGGCAUUGCAGGGUAAGAAAAAGCUUUACGAGAAUGGAGGAGACUCUGGAGAUCGCAAAGACAACAUCAAUGAACUAAUCAGUAAAAUGAUCUAGCAUUUAAGCAAAUCGGACCUACUUAAGUGAUCAAAUUAUGUUGACUGUAGUUCAUGUAUUUGAGAUUGAACCUCAAAUGGGUACUAGCAUUAAAUUCCUAUUUUUUCUUUUUCGUAUUCUUUUUGAUAUCAUCUGACAGUUGUGGAUGUCUUGGAAUAGUGUAACCAUUGUAGUGCCUUAUCUGAGGGACUUGAUGGAUCUUGGUGAAUUGAUUAUCUGUGGGUGUUUUAAGAUAGCUUAGCAUUGGAUUUCUUA